AUGUCCAAAGCCGUUGUUAAGACGACGUUCGAGGCGUCUCGAACGCUUCGUCCCAUCUAUACCGGAGGAAGCACUGCACUCGAUGCCAGUGGCCGCCUGCUCGUCGCCUGUGUCAACGAAGAUGCUCUUGUCAUCGACCUGGAGACCGGUGACCAGCUUGCGACUCUUGAAGGAGAUGGGGAAAUUAUCACCAGCUUAACCAUCACUCCUUCGGCUUCGCACGUUAUUCUUUGCUCCCGCUCUAUGUCAAUGAAAAUAUACUCGCUGACGCCCCACGACGAGACAUCUCGGGCACUUGAGACAAAACUUGUUCGGAGUUUGAAACCCCACACAGCGCCAGUUGUAACGACCGCAACGGACCCGACAAGCACCCUAGUGGCAACAGGAGCUGCGGAUGGAUCAAUCAAGGUCUGGGAUAUCCGGGGUGGCUACAUCACGCACAGUUUCCACGGCCAUGGCGGUGUGAUUUCGGCAUUAUGUUUCUUUCAGUCACCUGUCGCAGAGAGGGAAGGCAAGCCGUCGUCGAAGAAGAAUAAAUCGAAGCGGAAGUCUGGAGAUGCAGGUGAGCAGGAAAAUGAAGAGAUUAUGGACAUCGAUUCCGAUUCCGUUGGUGCGUUUCGACUGGCCUCCGGUAGUGAGGAGGGUAAAGUACGAAUCUGGGAUUUGAAUAAAAGAAAAUCCAUCGCAUCACUCGAUUCACACGUUUCAGUGGUACGCAGUCUAUCAUAUUCAUCGACAGAGAACGCGCUACUUUCCGCAGGUCGAGAUAAGACUGUCAUUGUGUGGGAUAUGCGAACAUUCAAAACGCGGAGGAUAAUUCCUGUUCUUGAAAGUGCCGAAGCAGCCUCUUUCGUCGCAGAAAGCGGGCUAUGUCUGGUUGGAGGAGAGAAUGGCAAAUUACGCGUGUGGGAUUGUAACAGGGGAGGAGAGGUCACGAGUGAACAGGAAGCUGGACCCGAAUUCGAGGCUGUGAUUGCAAUCCACUAUACCCCGGGGAUGCCUUCCGCCAUGACUGUCCAUGCAGACCAAACAAUAAGGCUCCAUUCUCUUGAACCUCUGUUAAACUUCAAGCCUGGGUCCGAGCUUGAUCCAUUGCCUAUUGUGAGACGCAUUUCGGGCAACGACGAUGAUAUUAUCGACCUUGCAUAUGUCGGACCUGACCGAUCUAUGCUUGCCUUGGCCACUAAUACUGAAAGCAUCAGAAUCGUUUCUAUCGGGGCAGCCAAAUCCCGACUAUCAGCCGAGAAACAAGAGUACUUUGGAGCUGAUGUCGCUCAUCUAGAUGGCCAUGACGACAUCAUUAUCUGCAUCGAUGUGGACUGGUCGGGUCAUUGGCUUGCUACUGGUGCAAAAGAUAAUACGGCUCGUCUAUGGCGCCUUGACCCAGAGACAUCCUCAUAUACAUGUUUUGCCGUCCUAACAGGUCACGCAGAGUCUUUAGGGGCCAUCAGCUUCCCACGGGACUCGCCAGCGCCUAAUACCCCAGCAUCCAACGACCCGGUGAACCAUCCUCCUCCAUUCGUCAUCACCGGAUCUCAAGAUCGUACAGUUAAACGGUGGAAUACGGGAAAGCUAGGCCCUGCCGAUCUUGGAAGCCCCCACACACCGAAAGCGCUAUUCACCCGCAAAGCCCACGACAAGGACAUCAACGCCUUGGAUGUAAGUUCGUCAUCGGAGUUGUUUGCUUCAGCGUCACAAGACCGGACCGUGAAAAUCUGGUCCGCCGACGAUGGAUCCGUUGUGGGUGUCCUCAGGGGGCAUAAGAGAGGAGUCUGGUCGGCUCGUUUCUCUCCCAAGGGCACUCCAAUCCUCAGCGCGGAUGCUAAAAGCAGCACCAAUAGGGGUAUGAUCCUAACUGGAUCAGGAGAUAAAACCGUAAAACUCUGGAGCUUGUCAGAUUACAGCUGUCUCCUUACGUUUGAAGGUCAUACCAACAGCGUGCUAAAAGUACUAUGGCUCCCGCCACCUGAUAUGUCUAGCAAAACCGACGAGGAAGAUGAGGAUACAACAAUGACAAACGCCGCCACCGCGGUGCCGCUGAAGCCUCUGGUUGCCUCCGCAGCUGCAGAUGGACUGGUAAAGGUCUGGUCUCCCUACACUGGCGAGCUGGAGACAACCCUCGAUAACCACACGGACCGAGUCUGGGCGCUAGCAAGCCCUACACCGUCCGGAUCACGCACCGAUGCCAAAUCGUCGCCUGGCAAGUCUUCCUCCCCCUAUGCCAUCGCAUCCGGCUCCGCAGACUCUACGGUCACGUUCUGGACCGACACAACGUCAGCCACCUAUACCGCUGCAGUCAAUGCGAAUUCGGCUCGUAUCGAGCAAGACCAACAAUUACAAAACUACAUCGUAGCGGGUGCCUACCGUGAGGCUAUCACACUCGCUCUCCAACUCAACCACCCCGGGCGUCUUCUAUCGCUCUUCAACGCCGCUGUCGACACCGCGGACGACCCAAAUUCGAGUGAAAUUCUGAAAGAAGACCGCGCAAACAGCCUGACGGGGAACCCCUCCAUUGACGAAGUGCUUCAAACUUUAGAUCCUACAAACCUCUACACCCUUCUCCUUCGCCUCCGCGAUUGGAACACUAACGCGCGCCACUCCAAGGUUGCUCAACGCAUUCUGUUUGCUUUGUUCCGAUCCUAUCCCGCCUCAACGUUCACUGAGCUCGCCUCUUCGAGCAUGGUAAAGCGGAGUGCUGAUGGCCGCGCAGCAGCUGCCAUGAAGGAUAUUCUGGCAGCUCUUGCUUCAUACACGGAACGGCAUUAUCGUCGCGUUGAGGAGCUUGAGGAUGAUAGCUACCUUGUUGAAUGGGUUCUGGGAGAGAUGGAUGGUGGUAUUAGUCUUAGUGCGCUUGGGGCUCCCACACAACAGGAUGUGUACGGGGUCGUCGGCGGUGAAGCUGACCACGAGAAGGACGUGCUCAUGCUAGGAGCAUAA